UUAAGAAUAUAAUUUAUUUUUUUUUCUUAAUUAAAUAAGGAAGAUAACAAUAUGAAGUUAACAUAAUACUAUGUUCAUAUAUCCAUAGUACAUAUUGCAUGUAAUACAUACAUUCGUUACAGUAGAUGUAUUCCAAUUACUAUAAACUUGCGUAUAAUAAGAGUAUAUAUUGCGUGACGAAUAACUAGAGCAUAUAAUGAUUUGAAACAACAUAUUUUUGCACAAUGAUACAUAUUAAACAUAUUUAUAAAUAUAUUGACAUUUCAAGAAAUCCGUACAGUCCGCUAAUACUCGAUAUGUAGAAUCGUACAAAAGUUUGAAUGAAAAUUUAGUUCUUUAGAGAUAGAAUGCUACGAAUAAUAAUUGUGAUAGUGAUAGAAUUAUCUUGUUUUAUUGUUAAUUCUAAAAAGGAAUCGCAUAUUUGUUAACUAUCAACAACUUUUAACAAUCUGUAAGAGAAUUAACGAUUUAUAAUAUUCUAGAGAAUUUGAACUUAACGACUGAGCUUCGAAUUUUGUCAAUAUUGAUAAAUAUUUGUAUUUAGCCUACUGUUAAUCAAGGCUAGACAAUAACCGUAUGUUUAUAAUUUAAAGGUAACGGGUCAGUUAGGCUAUAUAAAGACACAAGUGGCAUAGAGAUUAAAUUAUUAGAUUAUUAUUAGAUCAGAUUGUAAUAUGGAGUAAAUUGGAGAUUGAAACAUUGUAAAAAUUAAUUCCUUUGUAUGAAUGUGAAUUGAAAUAAGCUUUAUGCAUACUCAAAAUUGUAUAUUGAAACAAUCAUUAUUAUAUUACAAAUCCAAAUUUACGUUUUUCAACAGUGCAUGAUCCAUCAUCUUGCCAAAAUUUAUCUGUUUAUUACUUGGUUGAAGCGUUUACUACACUGUAUAAAAGAAAAUCGGAUAUGCAUUAUCCAUUGAUUCAAGAAGAAUAUGGUAAACAAGAAACAGGUCUUCAAGCGAGAAGUUACUAUAAUGGUUUUGGAGCACCUGCCACAGCAACUUAUUAUCCGACCUUUGAUCCCAUUAGCGUUUUAGCAUCAUUAGCAUUUUUAGCAUUUUUAUUGCAGUCCUUUGCAUCAUUAUUUGAUCGUUCAAGAUCCAUCAUACCAACAAUAGUUAAUAGUCGUGAAUCAUCUUCACAAUUAAAAAAUGUGGGAAUUACAAGACGUAUAUUACAUGCAUUGGAUGACUAUGAGAAUCUUAACGAAGGCUCAAUUGAAGAUGAUCAAUCCAACAUGGUACCUUUAUAAGCUACUACAAGAUAAAAUAUAUUUAUAAAAGAUAUUAUUGGUAGGACAAUAUGAAAUUUGUAGUACAUCAUAUUGUUUCUUUAUAAAUUCCAUACUUG